GGACAGCACCGCACCAUGACCAGCGCCGCCCACCCCAACCCCGGCCCGGGCCCCGCACCGUCCCCGGCACCGCCCCAGCGCAGCCCCACACCUCCACCCACCACAGAAUUGAAAGGUGCAAUGUCAAAGGACGAGGUUAAAGACAAAACACUCAAGAUGGAUAGCAGGGAUGAGGAAAGUAAAACUUUAAAGAAUGUUUCAUCACCUCAGCACAAGUCAGAGAGACAAUUGAGGAGCAGGAAACCAAAAAAUAACAUUGCAGAAAAUAACCUGAACAAGAUGAACAAGGAGGACGAUUUAAAGAUGCAAGUAAACAAAGAAAUAAAAGUUGAAAAAAAUGAGAUCUGUGACAAGAAUGAAAAGAAAAUUCAAGGAAACAUGUUGAAGAGAUCCUCGUGUCAGGAAUCAUUUGAAGAUAUGCUCUUGGAUAUGGAUGAACAGCUCAAAGAAUUCUGUGCCAAAAAACAAAAAAAUAAGAAUAAAAAAUUCAAAAAAAGGGAAAAUAUAUCUUCCAAUCAACCACAAGACCAGAAAGAAAGUAGUCUCAAUAGUAGAUCAGAUAAUGAACUGGAAGCAGGCAUUGGUGAUCAAGAUGCAACUGAAAAAAUAACAACUGGAAAACUAACGAGCAAAGAAACUCCAGAGAGGGGAGAUCAUCUUGUGGAGGAGCCUAAUGUGAAUAUGCAAACAGAGCCAGUCAGCUCUGAGGAAGAUGGUGAAAAUCCAGAAAGCGAGCAAGUAGAGAAGAACGAUGAACAUGCUGAGGAUCCUUCUACAAAGCUGGUUGAGGACCAAGAUGUGGAUGAAGAUGGAUUUCCUGUUGAAUGUGCUACGAAAAGGGCUCAUUGUGAUGUCAACUCUAACCAACGAAAGAAUGGAGCCAAGCGGAUCAAAAUUGAGAAAGCUGAGGAGGAAGAUGAAAUUCCUGAGACGUCAUAUGGUUGCAAAAGGCAAGGAAAAAAAUCUUUGAAGCAAAGAAAGGAUGUGAAAAAUAGAGGCAAAGCAAAAGGGAAAAGGGAGAAAAAAACCAAGCACCUAAAAAAAGAAGAGGAAAAGAAUAAGAAAGAGGAAGCGAAAUGGAAAUGGUGGGAAGAAGAAAUCUAUGAGGGUGGUGUGAAAUGGAAGCAUCUGCAACACAACGGCCCGUUAUUUGCACCCGUGUAUGAACCCCUACCUGCAAGUGUUGAAUUCUGUUACAAUGGCCAUCCAAUGAGGUUGACUCGUGCAACAGAAGAAAUGGCCACCUUCUAUGCCAAAAUGUUGGAUCAUGAGUACACUACAAAGAAAAUCUUCAGACAAAACUUCUUUCUUGACUGGCAGAUGGAAAUGAGCGGCUCAGAGCAGUCGAUAAUCACCAACAUAAAUAAAUGUGAUUUUAGCCGUCUUCAUCAAUACUUCACUGAAAAGACAGAGGCCAGGAAAAUGUUAUCCAAAGGGGAAAAACAGAAAUUAAAGAUGAAAGAAGCCAAAGUGACUGAGAAAUAUGGCUACUGUAUAAUGGACGGGCACCGGGAAAGAAUUGCCAACUUCAGAAUUGAGCCACCGGGGCUUUUCCGUGGCCGUGGUGACCACCCAAAGAUGGGAAAGCUGAAGAAAAGGAUCAUGCCAGAAGACGUCAUCAUCAAUUGUAGCAAAGAUGCAAAGAUCCCAGUGCCACCAGCAGGGCAUCAUUGGAAGGAGGUGCGUUUUGAUAAUAAAGUCACCUGGCUGGCAUCCUGGGUGGAGAAUGUCCAGGGACAAAAUAAAUACGUCAUGCUAAACCCCAGCUCCAAACUUAAGGGUGAGAAGGAUUUGCAGAAGUAUGAGAUUGCCCGGCGCUUGAAGGGCAGGAUCAAUGCGAUCCAACGUGAUUAUCGUGCAGCUUGGAAGUCAAGGGAAAUGAAGACACGACAACGAGCAGUGGCUCUUUAUUUCAUCGACAAAUUAGCUCUGAGAGCUGGGAAUGAGAAGGAGGAAGGAGAGACUGCCGAUACAGUUGGUUGUUGCUCACUCCGUGUGGAACAUAUAAGGCUGCACAAUCACAUCGAUGGCAUGCAGUGUGUGGUAGAAUUUGACUUCCUGGGAAAAGACUGUAUCCGAUACUACAAUAAAAUUCCAGUGGAAAAACAGGUAUUCAAGAAUCUAAAGUUAUUCACGGAGAAUAAGGAUCCUACAGAUUGCCUGUUUGACAGAUUGAACACCUCAAAUCUGAACAAGCACCUUCAAGAGUUAAUGGAGGGACUUUCAGCCAAGGUGUUUCGAACGUACAAUGCCUCCAUUACACUGCAAGAACAGUUGGAAGAUUUGACAAACCCUGACGACAGUGUUGCUGAAAAAAUCCUGUCCUACAACAGAGCGAACAGAGCAGUGGCCAUUCUCUGCAACCACCAGAGGGCACCACCCAAAACCUUUGAGAAAUCGAUGAAAAAUAUUCAGGCCAAGAUUGAUGCAAAAAUAGAACAAAUUGCUGCAGCUCAGAAAGAUCUGAAAAUUGCCAAGAAGGAUUGCAAAGAGAAGAAAGAUGAAAAAUCUGAACAGAUGGUGGAAAAGAAGAAGAAACUUAUCGAAAAGCUGGAAGAACAACUGAAAAAACUGGAGGUUCAGGCAACAGACAGAGAGGAGAACAAGCAGAUUGCGUUGGGCACGUCCAAACUGAACUACCUUGACCCCAGGAUCACUGUGGCUUGGUGCAAGAAAUGGGGCAUUCCGAUUGAGAAGAUCUACAAUAAGAUGCAGAGAGACAAAUUUGCCUGGGCCAUCGAUAUGACAAAGCGGGAUUUUAAAUUCUAAAACAAAUGGUCACCUCAAAGCAAUUACUGAAUACCUCAGGCAGUCAAAACAUAUAACAUUAUAAAGAUAUGUGCUUCAUCACUCCUCUGAAUCUGUUUUUGUUAAUUUUGUAUUAGUUAUAAAUUUGUAUGUAAUAUUUUGAUAUGUUUUCUUUGUGCACAUUUGGUAGGAAAUAUUCAUGGAAAGAAUUAAGAUUAAAGUUAAUGAUAAAUACAA